AUGGUGAUUAUGUCACUAGGACCACUCGCCUCCCCCAAUGGCCAGGCCCAGCAGAAUAUGGCAGCUCUAGGAGGGGGACCCAGCCGCCGGCCGCCCCAUGGCUACGACCUCUUGCUUCCGCAGAGCAGCAGCCGGCCGUGCCCGGAGCCGGACUUCCCCGGGGGCCAAGGCUGCGUUCGCCCCUGGCCCGUCCGCGCUGGGGUUUCCAGGGAGACGUGGGUCGCCGUCUGCGCCGCGGAGCCGUCCGAGCACGGCCAGGGCCGGCAGGAGGCGCGGCCGCAGGGCCGGCUGUUCGCCACCGAACUCGUUGGCCAGGAGGAGGCGUGGCAGGGAGACCAGCUGUCCUCCCAGCUCUAUAGGAACAAGCAGCUUCAAGAUACUUUGCUUCAGAAGGAAGAGGAACUUGCUAGGUUACAUGAAGAAAAUAAUAACCUCCGACAAUACCUGAAUUCUGCCCUGGUUAAGUGUUUAGAAGAAAAAGCCAAGAAAGUGCUAUCCUGCCAUGGCCAGAAAACCUCUACUAUUCUCAAAAACACCAAAAGGAGAUUAAAAGAGGACUACUGCUUUGCUCUUCAUGAAACUCCUCAUGCUUCUAAAGCUAGAAGGAACCUCUUUGAUGAAUUCACUGCCUGUGAAGAACAAGCCAGCCCUGCUGUGGACAGCUGGGUCUUGGAGACUUUAGGAUUAAAAGAUGUCAACACCAUUGAUGAAUCUUCAGCUAACUACAGUGCCUUGACCUCAGACCUUGGAAAAGACACAUACUGCCUUAGCUCUGGUGAAGCCAUCAACUAUGAUCACAGUGAAGCAGCGGCAGCAGCAUACAGAUGCAGCCACAUGCCUCCAGCUAACAGUACCCAUCCAUGCAGUGAGGACUCUUCCUUCCUUUCUCAGUUUCCUUCAGCACCACACAUCUCCUCACCAGAGCAAAGCAUUUCCUCCCUUCCAGCCUAUGAGUUGCCAUAUUUGACUAAUGAUUUGUCACCUAACAAAACAGACGUGGCCUUCACAACAUUUCUAAGUCCUCACCGCAAUGUGAGAACACACACCUUCCAACAAGGACAAGCUUUUGUGCGCAGAGAAGAUGAUGGAGGAUGGAGAUUCACCUGGGUGCCCAAACAGGCUGAAUAAGGCAGCUGUGUCAAGGGUCAGCCAUAGGGGAUGUAGGAAACAGACACUUCGUACUGUGCUCAAAACAAGUUCAGCCAGCAGAAAUAAGUCAUCCUGCACUCUGUUAAAUGCUGCUGUUACAUACACACUCAUUAUUCCCUCACAGAUUUUCACAGGUGUGGUUCCAGAUCACAGUGGGACAUGCAUCUCCCCUAGGCCAGAUGGACAUAAGUCUCUUGUGCCUGUGUUGAGAGGCAUGCUUUUUCUUGCAUUGUGUUUUUUCUGUCAUCAACUAUUCCUUGUUAACUGAUGAUUGCCAGACUCAACUACUUUCAGCACUCCCACAUUCAAAGUAGAAGGGAUUGGAGAAUACAUUUUGGCAUCUCUCUGACGUUCACAGAUGACAAAGAUGACCUAAGUCUCUGGCUGAGGAUCAGCAGUGUCUGAGUGAUUUGGGUCUCUCUUAGCUACAUAAAUUGCCUUGGAUUAAGGCAACCCAUGCAUUUUUGUUCAUGUGUUAUACUAGGUUGACCUACUCGCAGUCACACAUGGUGCUGUCAUUUUUUGAGGGCACAUCAAAAAAAGAAGACUUGCUUCUAUUGCCCGGAGGGUAUAUAACUGCAAGUGAUUCAUCAAAUUCAGAAGAUUUUCCUCUGCUGUGAUUAGAAAUGUUCUCUGUAUUGUUUUAAAGGUCUUUUAUCUGCCAGAUAAAAGGAGUUUAACAAGUUAGAGCACUGUUUCUCACCAGCUUAAGCUACAGAACAAGAACUAGAUUUAGAGACACAGUUGAAGUAGUGACAUUACCACCACCAGCCAAGGCCCUGACCCAUUAUAUUUGUGGCAGACAUUUUCUCAUCUGUCGUUAAUGCACCCUCAGAGCACUUCUUUCUUUUGCAAAGGAUGCAUUCCCCUCAGCUGCAGCAUCCCACUAGCUUUUUCACCAAAUUUCUUCCCCAUUCACCAGCUUAAUACUGGAUGCUUUCCACAGAAGGAAGCCACUCCUAGCUUCAGAAGUGCAUUGUACAGCUUCAUUUGGCCUGUUUUGCACUUGUGAAACCAGAGGUUUUGUUUCUAGGGAACAACUCGUUGACCUUUUUGUCCUGAUAUAUGAGAUCAUACAGAGAUUUACCUGAAGUGAACCUCAGCCCAGAGUUAGGACUGCUUUCUCUUUCCAUUGUACCUUUUGUGCUUCCUAUGGGAAAUGUUUACAUUUCUCCUGGUUUGGGGAGGCAGUAUCACAUAGUGGUUAGUGUUUGGAAUCCACAACCUUCAGCACCAUCCCUUACCUCUCCAUGUCUCUAUCAGGCAGUUGCGACCUGUAGCUAAGACCAUGACUGCCUUAAGGAUGCUUUAAAACCUCUGGCAAGAAGGUGCUCCAGCACUGCACAGGACUUUUGUUAUUGUUUUUUGUUUGUUUUUAAAUACUACUAAUUAUAUGAAGUCAACUGACAUGAAGUAAGUUCACUGGUAAUGUUUCAUAUUACCUUUGUUUUCUGCUAUAUAGUAGUUUGAUAAGUAAGUAUUGGAAAUAAAGGGAGCAGUUGAUUAUUCUGGCUUUCAGAAUGGCCCCAGUAGGAUAAGGAAGUACUUAUAUAAGUUAAAAAUAACCAUAUGUGGGCAUUUCCUUCCAGUGGGCAUAUACUUUUCUAUAGAGAACUUGGGAUUCUCUAUGUAGUGGUUUCCCAAAAGACUUAAAUAAUUGUAUUUCUCUGUAGUUACUUUGAAGUCAUAGGACAGACUCCCAGAAUAGCUAAACUGAAAGUAUUGAUUGUAGCCACUAUUGCACUGAAUUAAAAAUACCACCACUACACAUGGAAUAAAUUCAUCAAUUUAUUCCAGGCUUCUAUUGUAGUCAGUUAAAACAUGGUCUGCUGAUAAAUCUGGUCAGACAAGAUCACUGUUUGUAUAGCACUUUUCUGUAUUCAGAUGGAAGCAGGAGAAAACUGUCCUACAAACAGCUAAUUUCUUACUCAAGGCAGUUCUCUUCUACUAAUCUCCUCUUGCCUUACUUUAUAAGGUAGCACUGAAGAAAAUGGUUGUCACUGGAGUUUUUAUUGGUGCAUAUGACUGUAUAAAAAAUGACUGACCUUAACUUGAAUAAGCAAUGGGAAAACCUGUUUUGUGUGGUGACGUGGUAUGAACAGCACGUAGAAAAUAGACAGUGUGACCAGAGAAUUGCCCUCAACAUAGCUGUAGAUACCUUGUCUUCCAAAGCAGCUGUAAAACUUAACUUGAGAAAGUUAUAUACAUUUUAAUGCUACUGGAUACAAUUGCUGAUGUGUUUGAAUGCUAUCAGUGAACAGCAGUAGCAAAUACAUUAUUUGUUUUGUCAGCAAACAUUUAAUCAGGUUUUGUUUUCUCUAAAGAAAGAAAAUAUUUCUCCAUUUGACAUUUCCUUUCCACAUUUUUCAAAUCACCUCAUGUGAAAACUUCUGCAAAGAACCAGCACAAAGCUGUCAGAUCUUUGGUGCAAUCCCAAGUAAGGUUUCAGUGGAACCAAACAAUUCUUGUACCUUUAGAACAUUUUGUAAAAAGAUGGCUGGUUCUCUUGUCCCAUAGUAAAUAAACUCUAGAUAUAGGAACAUAGUUCAAUGAAUUAUUUACCUGAAUGUAUUUGCUGUGAGUUCCUGAGUUUUGCAGAGUGUCCCAUGGUGCUGCUCCUCAUUUGUACAUACAAACUUAAAGUUCUGGUUUGGAUACCUGGGUGAGAAGAGGUGUCUGUCAUCUGCUCCAUGGGAACAGUACUGCUGAUUGCUAUAGUGGAAGGAAUAUUCUGGAAAGGAAACAGAAGACACACAAGCAAAUAAAGGGUUAUUUUUUCUUUUCCUGUAACAGCAUCAUUUUUGAGCAUAAUAACUCAUUUCCUGACUUAUCGUUAGGAACGAUGCAGACAAGCUACUCUAGCACCAACACACAAUAAGCAAGUCAGCCCCCAGGUGAGUACAGAAAUUCUUUUGCUUUUUUAUUACUCUAUAAGCAGAGUGGGUUCUGAUGUCAGCUCUGGUAUGCCUGUUUGUUUUUGUGCUUCAGUUUCUACAGCAUGGACCAGUUCAUAAGAGUUUAACAAGAAAACAUGAUUCUUGCUGCUGCAAAUUGUGUGAGAAGUUCCUUCUUGCCCAGGAGCAGCCUCAGGCAUGUAGGUGUCUAGAAUGAGGAAGCCUAACUGGGAGGUUCUUUGGACAGUGGUGAACUUCAUCAUCUGUAAAUACCCAUUUUGUGUUAACAUAUUUGUAUUUUUUUAUUUUUAUUUUUUGUAUUUUCUGAAUGUAAUGUGCAGCUGCACCAUUUAAAACACCCCAUGUUUUUAAGAAAGCAUGCUAAUAGUAACAGAAUUUAAUUUAACACUCAGUGUUUGGAUUUUUGCGAUUGAAAAGGACUGUGAUUAUCUGUAAAUAUCAACUUUACCUGUGUCAUUAAGUUAUGCCUAAUAAAACUCUAAAUAACA